UCAGAAACGUUCUUUCCAAUCGAACGAAAAAAAUGUUCAAACGACCUCAUCAAACUAAACCUGCUGCACCUAUUUCCUCAUCUGCAAGAAGGAAACUCAUCAAUGAAGCCAUCUCUACGUUCUUUACCAAUCUUUUACCCGCUCAUAAACAACUUCUUCAGCAACUUAUGCCAGAAGGUUUGCGGAUGGCUAGAGUAUCUACUCAUCUCAAGAAUCCUUUAUUGUUAUACACAGAUUUAGAAGGAGAGCCUUUAUGGCUUAAGUUGGAUAAGGGCGAAGGAAUCUUGGUCCCUUCACUAUACACAAUUUUGAAGUUUCCAAGCUUGCUUCCGAUCCUUCCUACCAAUCAGGCUGUCCUGGAGAAACUCACGGGUGGCGCAGACCUUAUGAUCCCCGGGGUGUCUCAGUCGACUAAGCAAACUCUCAAGGGGCUUGCUUCCCGUACUCUUGUAACUAUAUCAGACUUUGAUAGCGGAGCUCCUUGGGCGGUGGGCUAUUUGGAGAUCUCUGGGGACGAACUGGCCAGCUUGGCCACUGGGAAAGCAGUUGUCACUAUUCAUGCGAAAGACGACUUUUUGUGGCAGAGUGGUUCGAAACGUCCGCCUUCAGAAUUAAAACUUGAUACCAGUCCGGACGUAACAGACGAAACGAUACCUGAAGAUCCUUCAAAGGCAGAUCUUUGUAACGAAGUCCAGUCCCUCGAACUUGAACCCAAAGUCGUCCCACAGAAAUCGCCGGAUCUCAAGCUUCCUCCCGAUGCCUCUGCAUUUUACUCGAAUCACAUCUUACCCUUACGUCCGCAUGACUGUCCCAAAAACGUGGGCGUUAAAGAUUCUUCAUUCAAAACUUUACACAAGUGGCUCAAGGCGAUGCAAAAGAAAGAGUUUUUAGUCGUCAAAGAAGAACCUGAUGCAGAAAAACAAGCCGCAAGACAAGCAGGAGCCGGCUCAAAGUCUCCAGGAGUGAUUGUAUUAUCAGAGACUGCACCCGUAACAUCAAUUGUCAUCAGUCAAGUCUUCAAGGCGGCAAACCCUGCUCAAAAACGCCUUUUCGAGUGUUUAAAUCUUGAUCCUCAAGGGCUCCAUGAUCGGCAAACUAUCCGGGUCGCCUUGAAUACGUCACCCACGUUGAAAGGAUCAGCCCAGCGGUUGAUUGUUGCGGAUCCUAUUCUAGCAGAAGCCAUUGGGUCUGAUAAGCCUUCCGAUCCUUGUACGCGAGAGAAGCUAUUCUCCGGUUUGAUAGAUGCUCUGGACCAUUGGUGGAGGAUGAGCAAAGGAUCAGAAGUCAUCGUAGAGAAGAAAGGACCUGUGCCUAUGAUCGACAUGUCUCUCAAGAGAGGCGGUUCUAACAAGUAUGCUACUAAAAUUGCAGGCUUGGAACUAUAUGAGAUCGAUCCUGUACGACUAGCAAAACAGCUCAGGACUAUGUGCGCUGUCAGCACAAGUAUACUUCCUGCUACGACCUCACCGUCACUUCAAUUACCUAAAACCUUAUUGAAAGAAGGUGCGGCUGUAGUACUUCACUGUCAAGGUGAUCAAAGAAAUAUCAUACGAAAGUAUCUCAUCGAGAAGGUUGGGGUACCUAAGGAGGCUAUACUUGAGAAAUAGUUAGAGUCAUGGUCCACAUUUGUUGUACUUUGGAUCUUUGUGAUGUACAUUGAGGGUAGACAUCUCAUGAGGCUCCUUGAUCGUUGAGCAUCGAGGUGAUUGAUUGUUUAAAUUAUUCCAGCGCUCAAUCUUCAUUGGCAGGAUCAUCCCUUGUAUCAUCACGACCUAACAGUAACUGAUCAUGCUGUGCAAAUAUGAAAUUGAGCUGUUGCC